AUGACUACUGAAAAACGUAGCAUCGCUAAAUUAGAUGCUAUAUGUGAUAUUGAAAGGCAAUAUCAAAAAAACUGGCAACAAUCAAAACUAUUUGAAGUAGAUGCACCAGCAAAUUCAUCUGAUAACUAUCAAUUGGGUGAAAGAUACAUUGCACAUAUCCGACCUACAACAAUUACAACAAUGAGUGUAUCGUAUCGUACAGAUACAAAAUAUAAUUAUUAUGACAAUGUAUUUUUAAAUGAAAUAGAUCGUUCAAUAAAAUUAACUAAAGAUACACGUAAUAAAUAUCGUGAUUUAUGUUCACAAACUGAAUUAAUGAAUAUUAAUUUAAUACGAUAUUUUAUUGAAGUACAACUACUUUUAUUAGCACCCAUUUGUCCACAUAUAUAUGAUUAUCUUUGGCAAUUAUUAUAUCCAAAUGAAUUGACAAUCAUGAAUGCAAAAUGGCCAGUGGAGACACUGUUAAAGAUUAAUGUUGAUGAUAUACUGCCGAGUAAACCAUUACUUCAAUUUCGACGUGAACCACCAUUCAUGCAUAUUAUCAAUUGGUAUCAUUUUUUCUAUUGUAAAAAAAUGAACUCGUUCGAAGAUGCUGGUCCUUUUAUCUCCAUGUGUACAAGUGCCGAUCCGGAAUAUCCGGCUUCAAAUAUUCUUGAUGGAAGUGAUAAAACAUUUUGGAUGACAACGGGCAUGUUUCCACAAGAAUUUAUUAUCUCAUUUCAACAGCCAAUCGAAAUUCGUCAUAUAAGAUUUAUUACAACAAAUGUAAAAAGUUUUGCCAUGUUUACAACAAGCAAUAUGGAAGCAAAAAGUUUUGAAGCUUUAUUUGAAAAAACAUUACCCAAUAAUGAGUAUGAUUUACAAAUGACAGAUCAACAAUUACAACGUGUAUUUGAAACACGUCAUUUAAAAUGUGUUAUUUUAUCUGGUUAUGAUCAUUUUACAAGUGUACAUACAUUAAAAAUUAAUUCAAGAGGAAAAUAA